AUGCUUGAGUCGUCUGUUGUCAGCUCUGCUACUCAGCGACUCGCUCCAAGAAGACAAACGAUAGAAGAUGCAUACUCGCCACCUGCGAAUUUUCUCGAGAUUGACGUGUGUCGACCAAUAACGCACGGUGAUGGGAAAAACCGUUAUACCGAUUAUGAGGUGAAUCUCAGAACGAACCUACCUAUAUUUGCUUUAAAGGAAUCAUCUGUCCGUCGUCGAUACAGAGAUUUUGAGUGGUUACGCAACGAACUGGAUAGGGAGAGCAAGAUCGUUGUCCCAAAACUUCCAAGUAAAGCCUGGAAGCGACAAUUGCCUUUCAGAGUUGAUGAGGGUAUUUUUGAAGAUGAUUUCAUAGAAGAACGCCGCAAAGGCCUUGAAAGCUUCAUUAAUAAAGUAGCCGGGCAUCCACUGGCUCAGAAUGAGAAAUGUCUACAUAUGUUCCUGCAGGACAAAUUGAUCGACCGUCACUAUAAACCUAGCAAAAUGCGCAAUUGGUGA